AUGAGUGGAGCAUCGGUGACGGCUGCCUCGCUGUUGCAGUCUCGCUUCCCCAUCCCUCUCCAGCUUGCUGGCUUUCCCAGUGGCUACCCCUACCUCUGUUCCGGUGGCUACCCCUACCUCUGUUCCGGUGGCUACCCCUACCUCUGUUCCGGUGGCUACCCCUACCUCUGUUCCGGUGGCUACCCCUACCUCUGUUCCGGUGGCUACCCCUACCUCUGUUCCGGUGGCUACCCCUACCUCUGUUUCGGUGGCUACCCCUACCUCUGUUCCGGUGGCUACCCCUACCUCUGUUCCGGUGACUACCCCUACCUCUGUUCCGGUGGCUACCCCUACCUCUGUUCCGGUGGCUACCCCUACCUCUGUUCCGGUGGCUACCCCUACCUCUGUUCCGGUGACUACCCCUACCUCUGUUCCGGUGGCUACCCCUACCUCUGUUUCGGUGGCUACCCCUACCUCUGUUCCGGUGGCUACCCCUACCUCUGUUGCGGUGGCUACCCCUACCUCUGUUGCGGUGGCUACCCCUACCUCUGUUGCGGUGGCUACCCCUACCUCUGUUCCGGUGGCUACCCCUACCUCUGUUGCGGUGGCUACCCCUACCUCUGUUGCGGUGGCUACCCCUACCUCUGUUUCGGUGGCUACCCCUACCUCUGUUGCGGUGCCUACCCCUACCUCUGUUCCGGUGGCUACCCCUACCUCUGUUGCGGUGGCUACCCCUACCUCUGUUGCGGUGGCUACCCCUCCCUCUGUUUCGGUGGCUACCCCUACCUCUGUUCCGGUGGCUACCCCUACCUCUGUUGCGGUGGCUACCCUACCUCUGUUGCGGUGGCUACCCCUACCUCUGUUCCGGUGGCUACCCCUACCUCUGUUGCGGUGGCUACCCCUACCUCUGUUGCGGUGGCUACCCCUACCUCUGUUUCGGUGGCUACCCCUACCUCUGUUGCGGUGCCUACCCCUACCUCUGUUCCGGUGGCUACCCCUACCUCUGUUGCGGUGGCUACCCCUACCUCUGUUGCGGUGGCUACCCCUCCCUCUGUUUCGGUGGCUACCCCUACCUCUGUUGCGGUGGCUACCCCUACCUCUGUUCCGGUGGCUACCCCUACCUCUGUUUCGGUGGCUACCCCUACCUCUGUUCCGGUGACUACCCCUACCUCUGUUCCGGUGACUACCCCUACCUCUGUUCCGGUGGCUACCCCUACCUCUGUUUCGGUGGCUACCCCUACCUCUGUUGCGGUGGCUACCCCUACCUCUGUUGCGGUGGCUACCCCUACCUCUGUUGCGGUGGCUACCCCUACCUCUGUUGCGGUGGCUACCCCUACCUCUGUUGCGGUGGCUACCCCUACCUCUGUUGCGGUGGCUACCCCUACCUCUGUUGCGGUGGCUACCCCUACCUCUGUUCCGGUGGCUACCCCUACCUCUGUUGCGGUGGCUACCCCUACCUCUGUUGCGGUGGCUACCCCUACCUCUGUUCCGGUGGCUACCCCUACCUCUGUUCCGGUGACUACCCCUACCUCUGUUCCGGUGGCUACCCCUACCUCUGUUCCGGUGGCUACCCCUACCUCUGUUCCGGUGGGUACCCCAACCUCUGUUCCGGUGGCUACCCCUACCUCUGUUCCGGUGGCUACCCCAACCUCUGUUCCGGUAGCUACUCCUACCUCUGUUCCGGGGACUACCCCUACCUCUGUUCCGGUGGCUACCCCUACCUCUGUUCCGGUGGCUACUCCUACCUCUGUUCCGGUGACUACCCCAACCUCUGUUCCGGUCGCUACCCCAACCUCUGUUCCGGUGGCUACCCCUACCUCUGUUCCGGUGGCUACCCCUACCUCUGUUCCGGUGGCUACCCCUACCUCUGUUCCGGUGGCUACCCCUACCUCUGUUCCGGUGGCUACCCCUACCUCUGUUCCGGUGACUACCCCUACCUCUGUUCCGGUGGCUACCCCUACCUCUGUUCCGGUGGCUACCCCUACCUCUGUUCCGGUGGCUACCCCUACCUCUGUUCCGGUGGCUACCCCUACCUCUGUUCCGGUGGCUACCCCUACCUCUGUUCCGGUGGCUACCCCUACCUCUGUACCGGUGGCUACCCUUACCUCUGUUCCGGUGGCUACUCCUACCUCUGUUCCGGGGGCUAGGCUUAUUUCUCCCCUGAACCCUACACCGGCUACGAGUGAAUCUUAA